UAUCCGCGCGCGCACAAACACAGUGCAGUGACCUGUAAACAUGCGGAAGUGAAGCGAGGAGCAGAGUUAAUGAUAAGAUACAUGGCGACUGUUUCUUUGCACUGGCUCGUUUUCAUGAUGGAGUAAGGUCGCUGAGCUGAGGGAGAAACAUCCCUGUUGGAUGUAGUUUGCUCACAUCAACACUGGACAACUUCCAACAUGUUCUUCAAGACUGCCCAGGAAAACAUUGAGCUGUGGGACAGACAGGACGAUGGUUACAACACUGAGCCUUUACUUCCUUCAAUGCCCACCCAGAAGACAUUUGACUAUGUACUGGUGGCCCACAAGGUGGAUGAUGACACGGACCAGAAGGCUCAGAGACAGAGAGCCUUCAUCCAGCAGCUAGAAAAGAAAAAUAUCACCAUCACUAGGAUCAUCCAAGAUGACAAAGUGUUUUUCGGCCUCCGUGCUCCGCGUGAGAUGUUUGAAGACUACAAGUACCUGCUCAAAGUCUCCGACUCCUGCAACUGGUGUGGAGAUGUGAGGGGCGACGUCACCCAGGCUACCAGGAUCCGAAUCGUCCAUUUCAUCCUUCAUCAGACUUUCAUCAACACAGGAGAGAACCUGGAGGAACUGUUGAUGAAGGAUGUGUUUGAAACCAUGUUCUGCCUCCAUGAGAGAAAGGAGCAGAAACAGCUGAAGAAGAAGUGGGCUCGAUGGUCGGGUCUGUUUACAGGCCAACCAGUCAACGACAUCAAGUGUUACUUUGGAGAGAAGGUGGCUCUGUACUACCUGUGGUUGGGCUGGUACACCAAGCUGCUGGUUCCAGCUGCUGCUCUGGGUGUUGUAGUGUUCCUUUAUGGACUCGCCUUUUUCAACACCAGCCCUCUCAUUAAGGAAGUGUGUCAGUCCAGCAUCAUCAUGUGUCCUCGAUGUGAUAAGAGGUGUAAAGUGUGGCAGCUGUCAGACACUUGCACCUACGCUAAGGUCAGUCAUCUGUUUGAUAAUGAGGGCACUGUGGCUUUUGCUAUGUUCAUGGCAAUCUGGGCCACUCUGUUCCUGGAGCUGUGGAAGAGACACAGAGCCAGACAUGUUUCUCAGUGGAAGGUCUAUGACUGGUGCGAGGAGGAGGAGGAACUGAUUCUGGAAAUUGUCAAUGAUCCAAACUGUACACCAAAACAGUUCAGACAAUCCUACCUGCGCAGCACUCUGGUCCUAAUUCUGGUAACACUCAUGUUAAUACUGAUCAUCGGUCUCGCUCAUGCCCUGGUGGUGUUUCGAGUGGUGGCCGCCCCAUUGAUGUUUGAUGGCAGGUGGGAGUUUAUCAGGGACCACGCCAACACUGUGGCUGUGAUGCUGGGAGCUGUGCUGCACUACCUCACCAUUCAGAUCAUGACCCGGGUAAACAGAUGGGUCUCCCUCAAGCUGUGUCACAUAGAGAAGACAAACUCAUCUGCUGCCACAGAGAGAAGCUUCACAGUCAAGAUGUUCACCUUCCAAUUCUUCACCCUCUUCUCCUCACUCUUCUAUGUGGCCUUCUUUCUGGGCAGGAUAAACGGCCAUCCAGGAGACUAUGUGCGUAUUGCUGGAUGGAGACUGGAGGAGUGCCAUCCUAGUGGUUGUUUGACAGACCUCUUCAUCCAGAUGGCUGUUAUCAUGCUGCUCAAACAGACUCUCAACAACAUUGUUGAGUUCACUGUGCCGUGGUUGAAGAGCUGUUUGAGCAGAAACACUGCAAAGAAGCUGCAGAGAAAGUGUGGAAAAUGUUACAGGAAGGCCUGCCGUGAUGAACAGGGACGUGUUGAACCGUGUGACAUUUGCAAACUUCGGGACUGGCUGCGUAACUACCACCUGGCCAACACUGAUGCCUUCAGCUUGUUCAAUGAGUUCCUGGAGAUGGUGGUCCAGUUCAGUUUCACCACCAUAUUUGUGGCAGCAUUUCCCCUCGCCCCUCUGCUGGCUUUCAUCAACAACAUCUUUGAGAUCCGCCUGGAUGCCAUCAAGAUGGUCCGCCUGGAACGACGACUGGUUCCAAGGAAGACCAACGACAUUGGUGUGUGGACGAAAGUAUUGGAGGCCAUUGGUGUGUUGGCAGUAAUUGCUAACGGUCUUGUCAUUGGAGUCUCAUCAGACUUUAUUCCACGCCUCGUCUACCGUUACCGUUAUGGACCCUGUGCUAAUGGAAGCACUCACACACACUGCAUGCAGGGCUACAUUAAUGACACUCUGUCCACGGCCUUUGUGACACACCCGGCAGUUCGACAGGACUUUCUUCGAGAUCAGAUGAUCACAGACAGCGGCUUGAACGUAACACAGUGCAGCUAUAGAGACUACAGGAGUGAUGAGGACUACACUCUGACUUCUCAGUUCUGGUUGGUCUUGGCUGUGCGCUUUGCCUUUGUCAUCCUGUUUGAGCAUGUUGUGGUGGUGUGUAAGUUUAUAGUGGCCUGGUUCGUCCCCAACAAUCCCACUGUGGUGAAGAAUGAUCGGCUGCUCGACAAACUGGCUCGGCUGAAGGAGGAGCUACGUGAAAUAAAACGCAGCAAAUCAACAGACGUCUGACCUCCGACAGCUGACAUCAGAUCUGCUUCUACUUCCUGACUGGUUGAAGUGUCAAAGGGAAAGAUGGUGUCUUGUUAUUAUAAUUUAUAGUUGGUGUUUGAAUACAUGUCCUAUGUCAGAAAUAUACCAACACUAAUAUAACCCACACUAAUAUAGUUAUAACCGAAGCUCCACAGAUGGUUAUCACUUAAUAUUAACAAUUUGUUUCUCAUGAUGAGACUGCAUAAUGAUAUUCCACAUCUGAUAUUGUAAAGAAGAAAUAUUAUUAAUAAUAAUAACCUUAUUUAUAUAGCACAUUAAACAUGCUAAAAUAAUUUAAAUAAACAAAUACCAUCAGAUUAAGAAAAAAACAUACGAUAAAAGUGAGUCUUAAGAAGCGAUUUAAAGAAGGAUACUGUUUGCCUGCCUGAGAUCUGAGAUUGUUUUAACUUAAGCUAUGCUAUAAAGAAAAAACUGUUGUACCAGCAGGGAUACAGUAGUGCACAGAAGGUUCUGGUUACCACGCAUAGAGCGUUUACGUUUACUCGCGGAGCGCUUGUCUGCCUGUCUAUUCACAUGAGGAGCGCAAUGUGACCCUGCGGAUCCAAGCGAAUACGCAGACGGAGUGUUGCACCCCGUGUAAAAAGACCGUUAGUGGGGCCCUGCCAGAGGAUCUCAAGCAGCGAUCAGGCUCAUAGGGAGUUAGCAGAUCACAGAUAUAGGCUGUAGCCUGACCAUUCAAGGCUUAAAAACAAGCAGUAAAAUCUUAAAAUCAAUUCUAAAACUCACAGGUAACAAGUGAAGGGCAGCAAGGAUUGGUGUGAUGUGGUCGCUUCUCUCUCUAAAAGCCUGGCAGCAGUGUUUUGUACCAGCUGCAGUCUUUGGAUGUUUCGCCUACUGAUACCAGAAUAAAGUGCACUGCAAUAGUCAAGUUUGGAAGAGAUAAAAGCAUUGAUGACCUUUUCCAAGUCUGCAGGGGAAAGGAAUGCCCUGAUCUUGGUUAGCUGUCUCAGUUGUGCAAAGCAGAACUGCACCACUUUAGUCACCUGAGCAUCCAAGGACAAUUCUGAAUAAAAAAUAACACCUAUGUUGCCUCUUUUCGAACAUUAUUAGAUAAGGCACCCAGACUAGUGGAGAGAUUAUUAAUGUUGCUAGUACUGCGGCCACAUGGUGUAGUUAUAAUUAUCUCUGAUUUGGAGUCGUUCAAUUGCAGAAAAUUUUUGGACAUCCAAUUUUUAAUCUCGGUGAGGAAGGACAUAAUACAGGAUGCAUCCGUAGUACCAGGCUUUAUUGGGACAUGCAAUUGGGUGUCAUCUGCAUAGCAAUGGAAAUCAGUGUCAUGACUACGUAUGAUUUGACCCAGGGCUGGCAUGUAUAUGAUAAACAGGAGGGGACCCAAAAUAGAUCCUUGGGGGACCCCACAAAAUAGAGGAGCACUAGAGGAGGAGGUAUCUCCAAGCACUACAGAGAAGGACCUGUUAGACAAAGAUGAGAUUAAGCAAUCCAGAGCCACAUCACUGAUACCAACAUAGGUCUCAGACGAUUGAUUAAGAUAUCAUGGUUCACUGUGUCAAAGGCUAAACUGGGGUCAAGGAGAAUUUAAAUGGAGUACAGGCCAGUGUUGGCUGUAAGCAGUAGGUCAUUGGUGACCUUGACCAGAGCAAUCUCAGUACUGUGAUGGGUGCGGAAACCAGAUUGGAACCCUAAGAUUUGAUUGUUAUUCAUAAAAGAAAUCAGUUGAGUGGAGACAACUUUUUCUAAAAUCUUUGAGAAAAAUGGUACCUUGGAGAUAAGUCUAAAAUUACUUAAAAGAGAGGGGUUAUUUAAAAGGGGGUAAACAGUGGCAUGUUUAAAAUUGGAGGGGAAAAUACCAGUAGACAGAGAGCAGUUAAUAAUGGCUAAAAUAUCUGUACCAACCAUCUGAAAUACAGCUUUUAAAAACCAAGUGAGAAUGCAGUCUGAAGGGCAGGUGGAAAAUUUGCAACAGUGCAUUGCAGGGUUGACAUGUUCCAUGUUAAAAACAUUGGCGAGUUCCUCUACGGAGAGGCCAUGUUGUUCACUGGUUUUAAAAGGUGUAUUUGAGGCAGUAAAAGCUUGACAAAAGCGAGGACAGUGAGUUUAGGGGGCAGGAGCGAAUCAGUGUGGUAGAUUUGGGGUCAGGAGAAAGGAGUGGAACCUGGAAGAGCACUGCAUUGUGAUCAGAGAUGGCAAAAUUGAUCAAGUUCACAUCAUCCACACAGAAACCAUGGGAGAGCACAAGGUCAAGCAUGUGCCUUUUGUCAUGGCUAUUAAUAUAUUAAAUCAUAUCCUUUCAUCAAUUUAUUAAAAAAAUACAUACAUUCCUUCCCUAAAACUUCUGCCAGACAGAGACCAUUAAAAUUUUUAAUCUUUGAUGUACAGUAGGCCUACGUGCUUUUAAAUAAUGUCUUUAUUAAUUGUAUUCCUCUUCUCAGCUCCUGAAUGUGUUUUGUCAUCUGAUUGUAACUGUAAUACUGUAUGGGUGAUGCUGUAAAUUUGUUCAUUAUGUGGAAAAAUAAAUCAAGCUUGCUCUGUCAA